CGACCUCCCUCACAAGAUCCGCUUCCGCCACUUUCCGGGUCUCUUCCACGCCUCCAAGAUGGCGCAACAAGAUCAGGGUGAAAAGGAGAACCCCAUGAGGGAGCUGCGCAUCCGCAAACUCUGCCUGAACAUCUGCGUCGGGGAGAGUGGGGACAGGCUCACCCGAGCAGCCAAAGUGCUGGAGCAGCUCACAGGCCAGACUCCUGUCUUCUCAAAAGCUCGAUACACUGUCAGGUCUUUCGGGAUCAGGAGAAAUGAGAAGAUUGCUGUCCACUGCACUGUACGUGGAGCCAAAGCUGAGGAGAUCCUGGAGAAGGGGUUGAAGGUGCGAGAAUAUGAACUGAGGAAGAACAACUUCUCAGACACUGGCAACUUUGGCUUUGGAAUCCAGGAGCACAUCGAUCUGGGCAUUAAAUACGAUCCCAGCAUUGGAAUCUACGGCUUGGACUUCUAUGUGGUUCUGGGCCGGCCAGGCUUCAGCAUCGCUGAUAAGAAGCGCCGAACCGGCAGCAUCGGGGCCAAGCACAGGAUCAGCAAGGAGGAAGCCAUGCGCUGGUUCCAGCAGAAGUACGAUGGCAUCAUCCUUCCUGGCAAAUAAAUAGUCCCUGUCCCAAAAAGAGUUAAUAAAAUUUUCCAUUGUUUAA